GUCCAUUAAUUCCUCGGUUUUCAAGAAUCUCCACCUCGUUUUUGCCGCGGGAUUUUGGUUCUCCCCGGUGCCGGUGCGGCAGCUGUCUCUGGGGCUGUGUCCCGUCGCCGCCGUGCCACGAGGUCUUCCUCGGAGUGUUCCGUUUUUUUCGCAAAACCUCUUCUGCCUCUGAUCGUCUGCUCCUAUAAACAUGCCCCGUCUCCAGACGUCUCCGUCUGUGUCUGUAGCGGUUUUACGAGGCUCGCGGCUCCGGGCGUCUCACACUUGGGCGUUGUUGUGAGGAGCCUCGACCCUCGAGAUCGGAGUCGUCCACAGAAACAGACUUUCCUUGUUCUUUCUCUCCCUCGAUCGCCUUUCCUGUCUACCUGCAGGAAGCGUUGAUGUGAUGGGCAGAAGCUGCUCUCAGAGCCCUCUUGUCAGUCUGACGAGAAGGCGGAGGGGAGAGGAGGAAGGGAGACAUAGAGAAAGGAUCGUUGCCCGCUUCCACAAGCCAGCCUGGCUGUGUCCGUUCUGACUCUGACAAGAAACGCUGUACUAAAGAAAAUCUUUUCCGCACCCGAGACAUACCGACGCCCUUUUUGUUUGCAACUUGUACCGUUACAUUCAGGAGCAUACCGUUAUAGUCGAUGCCUUUUUCCCUCAUAUAUGUUGAUGACAGAUGCGAAAACUCAACUACGUCACCUCGCAGUCCCCAAACUCUUCGUGCUACUCUGUCGUUCCACCUUCAACAGACCCGUCGUCUCUUCAACUUUCCCUUCCACUCAGUGUCUGCAGUUUUCCGUGUCUCCCUUCGUUCCGGUUUCCAGUGUAAUUCCAACACAGCGUGAUUCGUUCGUAACGGACGUCGCUCUCCUCGCUUUUUACCGAAAUGCCAGACAUCCCGCAGAUGUCGAGCUCGUGUCAGGAAGGGAUAGGGAGGGCGGGGAAGCGUGAGGCGACUGUCGAUGCCCAGCCUGUCCUGCCCUCUCGUUCGUCUGGAGACGCUUCGGUGCCCGGCCGUUUCCGUCCAGACAAAGACCCAAGUUCCGUUUCGAGCGUCAACCUCUGUCCACAGUUCUCUCUCGAGCCGUACGGAGCAGGCGACUUGCGUCUUCUCAAGUUCCUCGCAGACGGCCGGCCUGUAUGGGAAGCUCCUCCGGCGCGACCUCCGAGUGGCCAGAUUGCGGCAGACGUAGAUUUCUUCUUUCCAGAAAAGGAUGUUUUGCCGGCACCAGUUGGCGCCACGGACAGGCGCACUGUCGAAACACCGCAGUCUGUGUCGCUCGGGUCUUCGUCUUCCUCUUCUGCGUCUUCAUGUGCUGCGGCGGUGAGGCAGACAGUUUCCGAGUCAGGAGGUGAGGGUGCCGCAGGGGAAGGCCAGUUGCUUGGCAGGGAGAGUGCAAGUGCGCAUGCAGCGCGCGCGGAAGCUUUUCGCGCCUACCUCGAGAAGUCGGCAAGAGCCAGUGCAGCGUAUCCGCCUUCAGAUCUUCUUCAGCGGGCAGAGGCACUCUGCGUCGCAGCCGACGCCCGGCACCAGGAACAGCUGAAGGAGUCCGAUCCGUGGGUGAAGAACAAGGGCGUUUGGGAGGAGGCCGUACAGAAGCGAGACGAAGCGUCCAAGUGGCUGUCAGGCGCAGGCAUGCUCUUCGACCUGCUUCUGGGCACAGCGAAUGCGGCCCCCAGUCAGAGAUUUCUCCGGCUGGUCGAGGCGAAGGACGAGGUUGACGAGGAGGAAAUGUGGCAGAAGCUGCUGAUUGGCUUGCAAGGCAGACGCGAAAUGUCUGUCGAGCUCGAGAAGGAAAUCGCGAACGCCAGACAUCAGAUGCUGCGAACUCCUGCGGGACUUCCGGGACAAAGAACCUGGGUCCAGCUGCUCCGCCGGCUGCAGAGGCUGCGCUGGGUCCUAGUGAAGAAACGGUACCAAGACGUCGAGUUCUCGCAGUCAGACGCAAGCUACCCGUACGUCUCUGAGGUGUAUAUCCACCUCCUGCAGAUACCGACGCGCUGCUGGGGCGCCGGCACGGCUGCCCCGGUCGGGUGCAGCCUUCCGCUGCCGCCUCCGCGGGUCUUCGGCGACCAUUUCGUGCUUUUGAAAGCAACUCUGAAGGACCCAACCGAGCCGCGGGAGGAGGGCGGCACAUGCGGCGGAGAACCGGCGACGCCAGGCGCGGGCACAGCAAGCGCGGCGGGGAGCCGCGACGUGCCCGCAUCGGUGCAGCGAAGGACCGCGAGUCCGUGGGGGUUUGUCCUGGAAUACGACGAGCAGGCGGCAAGUGCCGUGGAAACAAGAGCGCUGCUGCAUGUGAACGUCCGGCCGCUCUUGGCGUGGAAUCUCCUCUCUGAUUCGAGAGAUGUCGGAGACUCCUCCACUGCGGUGAUCGCCUCGCGGGCGGCCUCGUGGCUCUUUCCAAAUCCGUCCACUUGCCUGCCGCCUCCGGCAGGCCUCCUGGUCGACGAGCUUCCGGCCAUGAAUCCACCGCCACUCACUGACCGAGAAACGAAACAAGACGCUGAGGUGGCUCAGGCAUCCAAUGCAAUCCACCGGCGUCUGCAGCAAGCCCAGUGGUGUCUGUUGGACAGGUGCUGCUUCCACGUCCUCGCUGCGCAGGCUGAGCGCAUGCGCGUUCUCGGUGAACAGAACGCAACUGCGAGUCUACAGAAAUCCGGAGAUAUCCCUUUUGGCGGAGAGAAGGCGGGUGGCGGCGACGCGGACGUUCAGUGCCUUCGGAGGCGAAUCACUGCCGAGUGCAUCCAGGUCGACUCUAAAAGAAUCAGAAUCCUUCUUCGGGGAGUGCCCAUCUCACUCGCACAGGCCGGGGUACCGGAAACCGGCACAGAUCCCUCUGGUGCAGGCGGAGUUUUCAGCGCGAGAAACGGACUGAGAUCUAAGGAUGUAGCAAAUAGUGCAGGCGUAGCCAUGAGCGAAACAAGCGGCAUGGCAAAUAAGGCAACGAUCCACACCAACUCAGCCAUUCCGGGUGAACAGAUGAGCAACUCGACCUGUAAGUGCGGUGUACAUACACUCGACUUCGUUGUUGACGUAGCUUACCUGCCGACCGAUUUGGGUAAGAUGUCGGAAGAAGCGGGUGUUUGUUGCCGAGAUUCAAAGCGAGGCUCAAGCGGCCAGCGCACCGCUGCGUCCGAAGAUCCGACGUCUAGUUUGGAGCAAUGGAGAACUGAGAAAAAGUCAGAAGCAAGCGUCAACCGUAGUCACGAACACGCUGAGGACUCUGCACCGCUUGCUUCUGCAAGCGUUUUUGGGCAGAAGUGCAGUCUGUGCCGGUGCUGCACGGUUCGUUUGCACGAAGAGGUGGGAGCGUUUUUCGAGCAAGCACAGAGGGUUGCCGUUCUUCAGCUCCGGCAGUUUUUCCUUGAGGCCUGGGCGUACGAAGCCUUUGAACGACCUAAAUUAUGCGGGGAACUCGCAUUUGCGCCGCCCCUCCUUGAUUUAGCUGGCUCACGAACGGCCACUAGGACCCUGCAGGGUUCGACUAAGGCAGGGUGUUCCUCACAGCUUCGCGGGGAACAUAUCCUCCGCACUUUUGUCAGUUGGCUAGCUUCUGAAGGUCUAGACUUUGUGUGAAUGCCGAACGCCACCGCUAAAAAGCUCCCAUUCUACAUGCCUGGGGUCUGCUUGUCGGCUGUCGGCUGCGCACUCUUUCCAACACUAGAGCGAAGUUUAGUUGUGUCCCCUCAGGAACGGAAAGCUCUUCGAACGUUUUUGGUUUCUAAAUGUUUCGGAGGAACUGGACGAAUCUCAUCACGUUAGUGGGAUCAAGUGGCGUCCGACGCUUCGUUCAGUGUGUCGAGGAAACCGAAUCAAAGGCUUCGUACUGCAAUGUUUUUGUUGCAAGGAUGCCUGUGCACCAGAGAUUGUUUGCUGGCGAAACUCAAGUCAGACGAACCUGUCUCCCGCAGGAGAAUGACAAAUUUUCUCAUUCCGUUUUUGCUUUCAAAGGAGAGCAGGGGUCAUGUUUCGAAAUGCAUUUAUGCUCCAGACUCGCUUACUCAAAUUCACCUAGGAGAUUCUGCCUACAUGUAGGUGGGUGAACGCCGACUACACCGCAACAUUUCGUCUAGCGCUCGGCGGGAUCAGUCAGGCAGCCCCGAAACGUAUACGAGUCUCAACAGACCUUACUGGCAUCGGGGAUGUCUGGGACGUAUAUCUGAAAAACUAUUUCUAUGGUACAAAAGUCUGACUCACUUUGGUAGACUCCUUCCUGAUGCUAGACUGCACGUACGAGAUAAGUCUGUCUCUGCAUAUUCACGAUAAUGGAUUUGGUAUUGCUACUGCCAAAGAACGCAGACGUGUUAUUGUCUGUGCGGUGUUGGGAUUCCUAGCGUGAUUAACAAGAUUUCCCUAAAGAGUGUAUACAACGAUUUUCACUCUUGGCUUCGCUCUUGGUUUUCUUUGUGCAAUCAAUUUCCCUGUUGUAAGGCGGGGGGGCGGAAGAGUGCUGAAUUUCUUUGCGGUUUCUUUGGAAAACCGUGUGUUCGACAUUAGAGUGCUGAAGCGCGCAGCAUGGUGCGUGUGCGGCCAAGCAUCCAGUUGGGCAGGCCACAGAUAUCUGAUCGAUUCGUCUUCGGCCGCAGGAGCCUCUUUCUGAGGGCAGCUGGCGCUAACGAUUACAAUGUAUGAAUUGGCUUCGUUAUCCAUCUUUAAUUACAGGGUUAACGGUACGAUCCAACUGGGUCCGAGUCCAUCGUUCGACUUUUCCUGCUACGGCAUGUUGUUGAAAGGGGAUACAGAGAAUCCAGAAUAAAAGCUUGUCCGAAUCAAAGCCCAUGUGUAACUGAUUGAAUGGACCGCGUGAGCGUCGUGUAUACUCCCCUUGACUGCUCGAAUAUGAACUGUCUGUCUUCUGUGGUGAUUCAUGGAACAUGGCAGAACGUGCGUCAGUCCGGUAAUCAAAUUUGAUACUUUGCCAGUGGAGACUGUGCUGAAACAGAAUUCGUGUUGUUGCCCAAGAAAAGGGGUGAAGCAACUGGGGUUCCUGCGCGUUCUGUCGAGCGCAGAUUCAGACAUCUUAUGCCUAACAACAUCUCCA